CAACCGGAAGCCGACUGCGAAGUUGAAAGCAAUGAAGCAAGCCAACCAGUGCCUACGGUCGACCGUCGCCUUUGCGAGCAAGUAUGGAAGUGGCUGAUUGUUCACCCGGAUAUCCUAGUGGGAAAGGAGAACAAAGGCAGGAAGCUCACGCUUAGUGGUUUCGAAGCACAUGCGAGAGCAACGCGAACCACGAAUCAAGGCAACGAGCCUCAACCCAUUCCCGUAAUCCCAGGCGAUGCAGUGAAGGGGGCGAGCGUUCUCAGCGGUGAACACCACGACGCGCAGCCUAUAGGCACUAAUAGUAGCACGACAAACACUGAGGGACCACGGAGCUCACACGGACCUUCACCACUUCGACUCUAUGUCACUACUGAACGCAUCUGGCAAGCACUUACCGGCCAUGGUCUCGAUACGAAGAGGGUUCCGGAGUUGGAGUUCAAACUGCUCUCGGUAAUUGCUUCUUCCGGGCGGAAAGGGAUUCUGCAAGCUGAGCUCGUCAAAGCGAGUGGUCAAGACAAGCGAUCUGUCCCGAAGCGAACCGACAAUUUGCACGACAAGGGUUACAUUGAGAAGCGAGGGGUACUAACGAAAGGAGCCCGGACAAGCAUCUGCAUUCUCAAGCAAUAUGCCAAGCAAACUGGAGCUCCGGGGACUGGGAAGACUGUCGACGCUUUGGCAAACGUAGUAUUCCAGCAUGGGCUGCUCGUCUACGACAACUUCCUCGAUUUUAUCACGGCACUGCUGAAGGAUAGGAAGAUCAUCACUUUUGAGGAUCUCCGCGAAAUACUUGGAAUCUCAAGGAAGAGAUGGGAAUCCAAAGCCAUGUUCCGGUCUAUUGCCCGGCUGGAGAAGCUUGGCAUCGUUUUGCGGGUUAUGGCUAAGCAGUCCAACGUCGAAUCCGCGUACUACCGUAAGAAACGUUAUCCUUGCGUCAAGAUCCUCCGAGAACCAAACGAUAAGGACCGGCAAUACCUAAGGUCCUUGCCCGCCAAAGAGGACCUCGCUCUACACCAUGAUUCGAUGCUUCCGAUAGAAUCCAACGAUGAUGAUGCCCCUGGAGACAUUGACACUGACAUGCUCAACGAUGAGCAGGAGGAAGAGAAUGAUGCGGCAGAGCCUGCAACAACCGAGACAGCCGAUGAAGAAAGCCGCAGAAGUGCUCCUCAGUGGACCCCUGAUCAUCCGUUGGGGAACUUCUUGUUUAACUUGAUUGAUAGCAAGGGAACUAAAGGAAUGAGUUCGAUGGAAAUACGCGAUCUUUCCGCUGGUCCCUUCUGGAGACGCCCUAUGGAUACUGUUCUUGGCCGGCUUACCGACAUCUGGCAAACAUCACAACCGCUACAUUUGCGCCACUUAGCCAUAGUGAGAGAUACGUCGUUGACUGAUAAGCAACUACACUACUUGUACCGGACUUAUGACAAUUUUGGCAAGGCUGUUGAAGCAGGUGAGGCUGUCUGGGAAGCCAUCUUGACAGCUAAAAAGCCCCUUGCCAAUGCGAAGUCCCGAGGCAAGGGUCGUAGCGAGGUGGAAGUGGAUGAGUGGGGCUUUCCAGCUCUUUCCGCUACCGCCUUCUUCGGUGGGAGAGGCACUUUCACUCUGCAAGAGAUGUACGCAAAGAACAAGAGCAUCAUCGACGAUGUCGCGUGGAACAAAGUCAUCAAGAACCUCGGCGACGAGACCGACACCAUCACCAGGGGCAUUCUUACCAACAGCAGCAGAGUUGCCACAUCCAAGCCAGCAGGUAGAUCCAGAAGGCCUACUACAGGACGGCAUCCGCCUGACGAGACAGAAACUGGUGCUGAUGCAGAAGUGGCCACUGCGAAGCCCAGCAAACCUAUGGGCAGGCCGAGGAAAUAUGCUGCAGGAGAGGAGCCGUACAUGAAGAGGCGUCACGAGCGACAGGAGGGGACGCUGGUUGCGGAAACGGCCGUAUUCGGUGCACGAAUACGUAUGCAAGCUGUCAGGAUUGCACAGGAGGAAGCCGCGCUUCAGCGUAACAACGUUGUUCUGGGUCCAAGCGCACUGACAGAGCGGACUUCUUUUCCGGAUUCUCGACCUACUGAUGCUAGCCAAAAUAUUGAGCAGCUGCAGAAUGCACAACCACCCGUUAUCGUAGGAGAAGAUCGAACUGAUACUAUCAUCUCAGUUGUGGACCAGGCUUUUACGCCAGUCCAGUCAACAACAUCUGGUUCAAAGCGGAAGCAAACCACGACAGCUUCAGCGGGUAGAGCAAAAAAGGCGGUGGCCACUACUGAUGCUCUGCCUGCCGGAGUUUCCAACGAACGAGUGCAGGAGCUUGUUAUCGAGCUGACAAACAUGUCCAGACCUGGCAUCUACUUGAACCCACCAGGCUAUCGGCGGAAGGAGACAAGGAGAGGCCGCCCACCCAAAGCUCUACUUGCAAUCUUCAAGUCGUCCCGGCUGAAAGAGCUAGAUCUGCCAGCUCCCGGAACAUUUAGAGACCUCGAUACAAUGCUCGCUCCGCACUACCAGGAUGAGUCAGCUCCGGUGGCUCCGGUAGGUCAGGCUGGAAUGGAGCACCAACCUGCGUCAGCUGUACUGUCCAUGCCUAACGUACCAUCUGGCCCUGCUGUUCCACCAUCCAACGAAGAGAUAUCUUAUCAUGUGAAUCAACUAAGCAGUCAUGAGGUACCCGCCAACGCCCAGGCUCAGGAACUUGCUGUGGACACUCACGCUAUGUCAACUCCCGGCGCUGAUGUUGACCCAUCAGGUAUCCAGCCACCAAAACGGAAGACUCGCCGACUUCCUAGGAAAUCUAAAGCCGCCUCCCAAUCUAGUCAGCCGGAGCACCCCAUUCCUGGUUCCUCUCUGCAGGCGGCACAGCCCCAGGCUCCACCCAUAUCGUUGGGCCAGAAGACGGCCGUCGAAACUGGCCAAACUGAAAGUGGCCCCCCCUCCGUUCCAGUGCUGGGAAUCAUGGAAGUGUGUCCACCGGGGCGAAGCUCAACGCCAACGUAUCGCAGUCCGUAUGCGCCAGCCAGUAGCACUGAAACACACUCCAAUGGUGCGAUGGAUGUUGAUAGGCCGGGAGUUCCACCGAAUACGCAAUUGGGAAGCAGCGAUUCUGCUGAAAUACAGGCGGAAGCUCAAACUGAUCAAGCGGCUCCGCAGUUCACAGCCGACGAUCCGAUCAACAACUUUUCCAACGCAGAAGUGGGAGAUAGCAUAGGCCGGUCAUCUCCGGCAGCGAAGGGUGCGCCAGUCAUUUCUAGCGCUGAGCAAAAGACUCCGGCGAGGUUGAUAUCCAACGCUAACAAACAGAAGCCCCGGAAGUCAAUCUACAAACCCAAGAUGGGUGUCAGGCUUGGCGAGGGACACCUUGGCUUCAAGAAGAGGAAGAUCCUUAUGGAGAUGAUUGACAAGUGCGGAGGCGCAUAUCCAGGCAAUCAAGAGUUGCUCCAGCCAUUCGUCGCUCUAUGGAAAGAGCAGUACUCUGACAGCCCACCAGACAGAUAUACCAUCCUACGAACUGUGAAAGCACUUGUCGACAGUGGUACACUUCUUAGACUCGGCUUCACAGUGACGGACUUCGAUGGCGUGGUGGAGGCCAGACAGAUUCUGAUGAAACCCGGCGUAUCCUCGUCGUCCGAUUUGGUUACCAAUAUGCAGAGCAAGAUAAUCGAACAGAGUCCGAGAUUGUACUAUCCUCCUGAGGUCGCUCAUCUCGUAACUGAAAGCAUUCAGCGUCCGCAUGGAACCAACUUUCGGCCCGAUGAUACCAUAUUGGUCGAUAGAAUCUACCAGCCCCCACAUCUGCUCAGGCUGGAAAAGAAGGUAGCUGUGGCAAAGGAAAAGCGAGAGGCUGCGCGCUUGAUCCUGGAGGCAUCGAAGCAGAACGAGGCGGUAGAUUUGCAGAGGCCGGGUCGAUUACUGAGACUGUUCCCUCGUUUGCGAAAACCACCUGUGCAACUUCCGAAGCCAAGAGUGACGCUUCCAACGUCAAGAACAAUACUUCCAACGCCAGGGCUGAUGUUUGAACCGCCGGAACUUCCCAAGCCGCUGUCCACUCCGUAUGUAAGCGGGUCAGUAACGUCGUAUCUAGUGGAUGGUCCCAACCAAGAGCAGGAGAGGCGAGAGGGUCAUUCCGCACUACCAAUCCUUGUUCUAUCAGAUCCUCUUCCUCAAAUGUCAAUAUCAGAGGGCAACUUCCGCAGCGCCCCGCACAGACUGCGGCAGCUUGUUCCUGAGCCUCCGACUAUUCUUCGAGCGUCCCGACGAUUCUCUGACAGGCAGCCAGCACCCACUCACAAUGACUCGCCCCAAUCACUUCAGCAAGGCCCGAGUAUCUCCAACGGUUUCUUGAGUUGGCAAGCGAUUAGCACGUUGAUGGAUCCGGAUCAGCCAUUUCAUGCAGCCAGUGGAACAUUCGGCACCCAAUUUCAUGUGCUUCGAAUUACCCGCCCACCGUUCUGGGUUUCGCAGACCAGAGGCCUCCAAGCACAGGAGAUGCUGGAGAAGCUGGUGCCGGAGUCGUUGGAAGACCUGCGCAAAUCAUUCAGAUUGCCAGGUGCAACUAGGAACCAUGACCGUCGCGAUGAUCCUGAUUACAGCAGAUUUGAAGAGACUGUUGACUACGUUUCGCGAUGGGAAGACUCGCUGGUGAAGAAGGCACCCUGGCGUUUGUCCGGCUUCUCGGUCAAGCAACCUCACUUCAUCAAUCACACGCUCACAACGGAACAUCGAACUGCCAGGACGGAGGUCAGGGACCCUUUGGUUCAAUGGAGUGGCGCAAGUGGGCAACUGCACAGUCUUAGUGCACCACCUCCUGCUGUUUCGGAUGAUGAGGGUGAAGCUGGCGAAGAAGAGCCGCCUAGGAAGCGCCGCGCGAGAGGCCGUCCUUCGCAGUUGUCAUUGAAUGCAUCGAGAGCACUGGCUGUCGCCGAGCCUACAGGAAGGCCAAAGAGAGUGACAUGGGUUAGACCCAACUCUACGACAUCGCGAAAACGCAAGCGAGUUCUGGACGGAGAGGCAACCGAUGGCGCAGUCUCUGAGGCGUCCGCCAAACGGCUCAAGCGGGCAAAUCCGAAUUCCGGUUCGGCCCUGGGGGUGCUCCCGGCACGUCUCAACAAAAAGCUCAUAUUGGCCGUCAUUGUUGUCCGGACCCUUACCGGCGGACUCGACCAGAACAUUGACUGGAGCCUGGUCAUGGCUGCUCUGCCUGGUAAGCCCAGCAACAGGUUCAAGCGCUUAUCCAACCCCUGGACCUUCUUCAAGCAGAACUAUGGGAAUGAGAUUGAUAAGAUGCAAGACGAUUUCGAGGAACGUUUCCUGGCGGCUGUAGAGAAUGGCGAGCUACCGCUUGUGAAUUCUGAUGACCCGGGGAGUUACGAUUGGUUGCAACUCGUGGAAUGGGCCGACAAGGCCGUUGAAACCCCCAGUUUCGACGACCUUGAGCUGCCUGCAGACCGAGACACGCUCGAGGCAGAGUUUCUCAUUCAGGAACGCCCGGCGCCAAAAGUCGUGCGGAUAAACAUGCACACUACGAAAGAGCGCGAGCGAGCGGUGAUGGAGACAUCGUACCAAGCCUAUAUCUCGCCGCUUUCCCCAGCUAAGAGCAGCGUGGUCGCCGCAGAAGCCACGCCUACCAAGCUUGAGCUCGCAAAGUCCUGGGUCGUCGCUACCGUCGCUACUCCCGAGGCUCAAUACAACGAGAAUGCUGCACAAGCUGAACUGGUCCAUCUCGACCGCGGAACAAACAUCCUCCAAACAGCCAUCACCGCGCUUAUUGACGAGAAAGUCAUCUUGCGAGGCAACAAGGGCCGCGUGGUCCCCGGCCGCAACUAUGCCCUCACCGGGCGUUUCCACCAGACAUUUGAAUCUUUAACGACUCCUCGCAUUGUGACUUUCCAUCAAGCUCGGAACUUCAAGUUCCACCUCGACAACGCGUUCCGCAACCCAGACCCGGAGAAGCGGAGGAUCGACGUCUGCUACGACGUCUCAGACGGCGAGAUCAUGGCACUCACGAACCUCCUUGCCGGCAGGCGCGUCAAGCUCAUCCCUAGGUUGCCGCCUACAGACCAUGCUCACAAGCCAAAGGAGCCGACCAUUAGCAAGUGGGGCUGGCUGGAAGGGAAUUACAAGUCCAUGCACAUGGAUCGCGAGAAGCUGUUCUUCGGCCUCGAGAUCGUGCCUACGGCGGAGUACAUCUUCGGCAACCCGCUCGCCACUUCUGCAACGGCUAACCCGAGCAGCGGGGCCGUUGAACUCGCGGUUCCGCUUCCUCCGAUGGUCCGAUCGUAUGAUGGGAGACCUUGCAUCCCGCUCUGGUUCGACAUCCACGGCAAAGUCAACUGGGAGUGGUGGAACAAGCUGCUGCGGGUUGUGCUGAAUAGUGUCGCUUUUCGGCCGGGGACUAGCACACAGAUGUUGGUCAACAAGUUCAAAGGCCUGGUUCCGCACAAGGAUAUGGAGCGGUGCGUUCAGUGGUGCCUGGAUGCUGGUGUCCUGAAGCGCAUGGGCGAAGACACCGAGGCGCUUACUACGGGGGAGUGGUGGUGGAUGGCUAUUGUGGUUGAUUGUGGCGAGGUCGAUGGCAAAGUCGGCGGAACGAAGCAGAGUCGCACUAACAUGGUGCCCGAUGUGAUGGAAGUUGACGAGGAGGAGUCUGAGGAGGAGUCGGGAGCGGAGUGA